UUAACAUUAACAUUGGUUGACUAAAAAAUAUUGAUUUUGCAUAUCAAAUUGGGACUAAUGGAGUAAUUUAUCAAUUUCAAAUAAACUUUAGUAGUACAAAUUUAAAUUAUUAAAUCAUAUUUCGAUCUGGUCCUUAAUUAAACCAAAUUCAAAUAGUAGUACAGAUUCUUAUUUUAUGAGAACCCGUCAUGACAUUGUUUGGAAUCGAUAAGGCACGGUUCUAGACAAAAAAAUUGAGAUUCCAUUUCAAACCCUGUUUAAUGGUCCAGUACCAUACCGGUCCGGUUCGGUAUCAUGCCGGUUCGGACCUAUUUACUUUCAAAAAAUAUAUAAGGACCUAUUUAAUUAAUUUUACCAGAAAAAAAAAACUAAUCCACCUAAAAAUCUUACGGAGUACAUGUCAAAUUGCUAAUUUCCCUUGCUUUAAAAGGAUAAAGCGGUUACCUCACCACAACAGACAUGCUCUGCAACUCCCCGCACAUCUUGCUGCUCUCUUUAUUUCUCUGUUCGCUUUCUUCGACAUAUAUUGCACCAAAAUACGCGAAUGCUUUGAGUUUUUGAGAUUUUUCCCAGCAAUGUCGGCCCCCUACCUCACCGCAGAAGAUGUUAUGCUAGAAGAGCCCAGCAUUGACACUGAUAAGCUGAGCUACGAGAUAUUCUCCAUCCUCGAGAGCAAGUUCCUAUUCGGGUACGAUAACCAGAAGCUUUGGAUUCCGAAAUCCAUCCCACCGGCACUUGAAGUAGUCUCAACUCCGCCUCCGGUGCAAGCCAUUAAGAACUCCAGAGGGAAGGUUUGUGUCCUGUCCAUUGAUGGAGGCGGAAUGCGGAGCAUCCUCUCCGGGAAGGCAAUGGCGUAUUUGGAGCAGGCGCUUAAAGCAAAAUCGGGCAAUCCGGAUGCACGGAUAUCUGAUUACUUCGACGUCGCCGCCGGUUCCGGCGUCGGCGGCAUUUUCACGGCGAUGUUGUUCGGCACGAAGGACCAGAACCGCCCGAUUUUUAAAGCGGAUGAAACGUGGAGGUUUUUGGCUGAAAAUGGGGGGAAAUUGUUCCCCACGAAAGGUUCCAGCUCAGGCAGGACCGGAAUAUUCGGGCGAAUUUUCCGUUAUAAUAGUACUGGAUCGUCAGUCGCCGGUCUAGAGAAGGCAAUGAAGGAGGCGUUCGCAGAGGAGAAAACGGGUCGGAGCCUGACAUUAAAGGACACUCUGAAGCCGGUUUUGAUUCCCUGCUACGACCUUUCAAGUCGGGCCCCGUUUCUGUUCUCUCGGGCCGACGCGCUUGAGUCGGACAGCUUCGACUUCCGGCUAUGGGAAGUAUGCAGAGCCACGUCGGCAGAAGCGGGAGUAUUCGGGCCGGUUUUGAUGAGGUCAGUGGACGGGUCGACCCGGUGCUUGGCCGUGGACGGCGGAGUUGCCAUGAGCAACCCGACGGCUGCGGCCAUCACUCACGUGCUACACAACAAAGAAGAGUUCCCUCUGGUGAGAGGAUUGGAGGACAUUCUGGUACUUUCAUUGGGGACGGGUCAACUUCUAGAAGGCUGCAGUUUACCAUGCGAGCAAGUGAAGGAAUGGAAGGGAAAUGAGUGGGCCCGGAUCUCCGGCGAUUGCUCGGCGGAUUUAGUUGACCACGCCGUUGCCAUGGCGUUCGGACAGUCCCGAAGCUCCAAUUAUGUCCGCAUUCAGGCGAAUGGAUCUAGUGUGGAUGGUGGGGUGUGCUUAGACACGGACCCUGGUCCGAACAACGUGAGGAAGCUGGUUCGGAUGGCAGAUGAAAUGCUUUUACAGAAAAAUGUAGAAUCUGUUCUGUUUGGGGGGAAGAGGAUUGGAGAAGAAAGCAAUUCCCAGAAACUUGAUUGGCUUGCUGGUGAACUUGUGGAAGAGCAGCAAAGGAGGAGGAUUAGCGGAUUAUCCCCCAUUGUUACCAUCAAGAAAGCUGCUCCUCCACCUAACAGCAACAGCUCUUGAAUAUUAUCAAAUAUUGAAACGAAGAAAGGAAUGGCAGGUGAGAAAAGGUAAAUCUGAAGGAGGAAGAGUGGUAAACCUGCAGCUUUAACUUUUGCUAGAGUGAGAUUUGAAAAGGACAUCCAACUGUAAAAAUUAUCUUGUUGGGCUUUCUUGUCUGCCUAAUGGAGUGGCAUUUGAACCAUUUUGUGGGCAAAACCACUUUGGAAAGUCAAAGUAUAGUGAUCCCUAUUGUAAUCCUUAGGUAUUAGGGGAAUUAUGUCUCUAAAAUCUGUUUUCCCACCUCUUUCAUUUUUACUUUUGAAUGUGCUCAUGCGUAGGGCGGUUUAAUCAAGUUGGACGGAGUCUGAGAAUUCAAGGCACGAAAGUCUACCUAGAAUUAAAAAUUUAUGCUCAACAAACUAAUUUCCAAAUUGGCAUUCCACUCAUAUAAUAUAGACCCAUUCAAUAACACGGAAAGGACAAGUCUGCACUCUGAGGAUCCAGAAAUUUUCUGAGGGCACUAUCCUAUGGAUGGGAAUGGAUUGGAUCGGGUCCAAUGUAAUACGUAGUACUAGUCUAUCAUGUUUAGUUUGUUCAAAUUAUUAUUUUUAAUCGGAAAUAAUUUAUUCAAUUGGUCUCAAAUGAUGUGCAUCUAUGAUUAUAAGUCUAGUUUUGAUUUCAUUAAGACGAUUCCAAGCAAUAAUAUUUAUAUUUGUGAAAGGACAUUAUUCGAUUAGAAAUGAAUCAUCCUUGCAUUGUCG